ACACGCUAUUCGUUCUUGAUUCAGAGUGCUUGGUUACCCCGUUCUUUACUCGACAUCCCAACAGUUCCGCCACUUUCCUAGACCCGUACCCCUCCGUUCCCCUCUCCUAGACUCUCCCGCCCGGCCUUGCCCUGUCGUGCCCCGGAAUUCCGUGGCCGCGGCCGAUUCGCAAGGCAGGUGUGCCGCCGCUGUCUUAGGCCGCGCGCUGCGUGUGAUGGAGUGAGCCGUUAAUUUUGAUACACAGUCCGGGGCUCAGGGGCGCCGUAACAGGCUGAUUGUGCCGCGGAUUUACGCAUAUGGAAGCUCCAAGUCAGCGGUUAACGCCACUCUGUGAAGGCAGCCAGCUGAACGGGAACUACGUUUGCGAGAUCUCGAUUGAGCUCGACCUCUCGGUCUCUCCAAAAACCCCUCAGUCUCGAUCGUGCCAGAAACCAUACCUUCACGCACUUAAUAUUAAAAUAACUAUUAAGUGGGACGCAAAGAGGUGA